AUGAUUCUUCUCAUCGACUCGUACGACUCGUUCUCGCACAACUUGCGCCGGCUCCUCGAGGCCAACGCCGGCAGGCAGGUGGUGACCAUCUUCAACGACACGUUUGCGCCGCGGGAAUACGAGCAUGCGUUCCAGACGUGGCUCCGGUUCUUCGACUACAUAGUCGUGGGCCCCGGCCCGGGCCACCCGCACACGCCCGAGGACGUGGGCAUCGUGGGCUGGCUUUUCCGCCGCUUUGCGCGGGACCCGCCGCUGUGCGUGCCCACGCUAGGCGUGUGUCUUGGGUUCCAGAGCUUGUGCCUCGAGUUCGGCAACAAGGUGCUGCGGUUGCAGUCCAUCAAGCACGGCCAGGUGUACGCCAUCACGCCCGUGGCCAGCGCGCUUUUCGGCGCCGCGCCGGAGGACCUCGAGCCGUUUGCCAGCGUGCGCUACCACUCGUUGCACGUGGAAAUGGCCGGGCUCAAUGCUGCGAUUGUGCCGCUUGCGACAUGCCAGGAGACCGGCGCCGACGCCGGCGCCGACGGCGCGCCGCGCCGCAUCUUGAUGGCCGGCCGCCACGCGGCGCUCCCGUUGUACGGCGUGCAAUACCACCCCGAGUCCAUCUGCUCGAGCCGCGGCGACCAGCUUGUGCGCAACUUCGACCGCAUUGCCGCCGACUACAACCGGGAACGCCGCGCGGGCUUGCGCGCGCGGCAGCGCGACGCGUCGUUCGCCCGUGUCUGCGAGGACAUGGUCCGCCGGCGGUCGGUGCAAGACGCGUGCCUUGUUCCGGGCGGGACGUUUGCGUGCCGCGGCGCGCCCGCGGUGUUUGCCCGGCAGUUCAGGCCGGCGCACCCGGGCACGAUGCCCAUCGACGUGUGCGAGCACUUGGCGCGGGCCGGCGUGGACUUCACGUUCCUCAACUCCGCGGCCGACCCGGGCGAGUGGUCCAUCAUCGGGCUCCCCUUGGCGGGCCUCAGCGAGGUGCUCUCGCACUCCGUGGAGACGCCGCACUGCGUGACCACGCUGCGGUUCAAGACCCCGGGCUCCGCGCACACCGAGCCGGUCGCGUCCAUGUGGCAGUUCCUCGCGUCGCGCAUGGCGGCCCGCUACGUCUCGAGGCAGGCGCUCGAGGCCCGCAUCGGGCACGUGCACUCGCGCCCGUUCCCCUUCUGGGGCGGCUACAUGGGCGUGUUGUCCUACGAGGAAGGCCAGCACGUGGACACGGCCAAAAUGGCGCUGCCCUGCCGCGGCAGUGCGCCCGACACCAAGCUUGUGUUUGUGGAGCGCUUCAUUUUGUACGACCGCAUCUGCCAGAGCUGGUUCCUCGUCUCCAUUCGGGAAAACGACGCCGCCGCCUGCGAGGAGCUCCUUGCCACGAUAUGCAGCCCGCCGGACCUCCGCAUCGACGCGGCCGUGGUCCCCACGAGCGUGAAGGCCUUGUGUCGCGCGGAGGACCAGCACAUCCAGUACGAGUUCCCGUCCCGCGAAGUCUACAACAGGCAGUUCGACCUUUGCCAGGAGUACUUGCACUCGGGCGACUCGUACGAACUCUGCCUCACCACCCAGCUGAAGAUCCGGCUCCCCCUGUACUUGGACCCGUGGAGCAUCUACAAGGUGUUGGCCGUGCACAAGAACCCGUCGCCCUACUCGAGCUUCAUGGACUUUGACGACUGCGUGUUGAUCUCGUCGUCGCCGGAGCGGUUCUUGUCCUGGGGCGACAGUGCCCAGGCGCCCGGCAAGAAAAUCGCCGAGUUGAGGCCCAUCAAGGGCACCGUGAAAAACACCGACGCCGUGACGCUCGACGACGCCACGGCCAUCUUGCGCACGCCCAAGGAAAUGGGCGAGAACCUCAUGAUCGUCGACUUGAUUCGCCACGACUUGCAGCUGUUCACAGACGACGUCACCGUGGACGCCUUGAUGGCCGUCGAGGAGUACAAGACCGUGUACCAGAUGGUCAGCGUGAUCCGCGGCCACAUCAAGGAAGACGGCCAUAAGGGCGUGGACAUUCUCCGGCUGUCGCUCCCUCCUGGCUCGAUGACGGGCGCCCCCAAGAAGAGAUCCAUUGAGCUUCUUCAAGACAUCGAGAGUCUUCAACCCACCAUGAUGGCGGGCGGCCGCAGAGGCCUUUAUUCCGGCGUGGCGGGCUACUGGUCCAUCACCGACGACGCAGACUGGUCGGUGACCAUCCGCUCUAUUGUCAACUACAAGACAGACAAAGAGAACUCCCCUACUGAAAACAUAUGGCGCAUAGGCGCUGGCGGUGCCAUCACCGUGCUCAGUGAUCAGGAAGGUGAGUGGGAUGAAAUGCACGUCAAGCUCUCGAGCACGCUCCAGACCUUCCUCUAG